CCUGGCAGUAGUUCCAUUUUACAUUCUAUUAUUUAUACAUGGGUGGCUGUUUCUCCUCUCUUCCCGGUCUUGACGAUCCUGAGGUUGGCAAGCCUCACACUUUCAAGAUAAAGAAGUCACAGGCUAGCCCUGAUUCCAGAAACUUCGAAGUUUUCAACGAGGACGACGAACACUGGCUUUUGAUCAAGUCGGAUAGCGACUUCAGUGAUCCUACUCCCAAUUUCUCUCUUGUCAACAAGGAGCGUGAACACGUUCUUGGUAAGUGUGAAAUUGGUGUGGAAAACGUCGUCUGCGCCAAGGAUGUCGAUUGGGACGGUUCUGACGAUUCAAAGAGCGACGAGUCAAAGGACUCAAUGUUCGACUUUGACGAGAGUGAGCUUAAGGUGAAGCUUCGUUGGAAGAUCAAGCGUUCUGCUAAGUUCUCCGAUGAGGAUGGCCGAGAGUUCGCCACUGUCGGCUUACAAAUGAAGGGCCUCUCUAAGUGUGAGGUCGAGAUUGACGAGGAAAAAGAUAAGGAGAACGACGAGGACUGGGAUGCUACUGCUAAGGUCAAGGAGGUUACCUAUACUCUGUCUAUUGACGGUAAAGACUAUGACGUGAGUGUUGAGAGGGGUAACUGGGAGCACUGGGAUCGCAAGUGGAAGGUUGAUAACAUGUUCGAGGUGGAGUACAAGCAGAAUGAUGGUGCUGAUGAGGUCAUUGUCAAGACCACUGAUCUUGAGGGCAACCCAGGACAUGAUCUCCUCAUCGCCUUCGCUAUGAGUGAGUUCAUGCAUCCUUGCCGUCAACUCACCAAGCUCAAUCAAGCGGCUGUCCAGAUUGGAAAGAAGGCUAUGAUGGAGCAUCGUAAAUAGGCGUGUAACGGCUAGUCGGUGAUUCUCAUUAGUCAUUGUAACCGGUUUCGGCCUUUCCAUCAGCGUUGACGUAGCAGGUUUCCUUCGCUUCGCGAUAUUCCAAUAAGAGUAACUAACAUAAACAUUAUUUACGUUCCUAACAGUGUAAUCACUAGGUUUUG